AUGGCUGGGAAUUUUAUCUGUGACAACAAGAAGAACAGGAUUAUCCCUUGCCAUGUGUUGCUGGCAAUCCAGAAUGAAGAGGAGCACGGAACGUUGCUUGCCGUAGUGACCAUUGCCCACGGUGGUGUUCUCCCCAACAUCAACCCAGUGUUGUUGCCUAAGGGCAAAGACCCACCUUCCUAA